CACACCACGCGCUUUUGCGCUUUAACUUUACACUCUCAGAAAUACGCCUGACACAGACGGGUACCCGUUGUCGCAACUCCUCUCACAAGUGUACACCCGCCCGCCAUAGAAACAUUACCCAGGAAAGGUUGCGCGGGCGUUGUUUGUGCAAUUUUCUUACGCGCUUUGUUGUGGAUCGGGUGGUCCCGGGUUCGAAGCCGAUUUCUGUGGCGGCGCGCGCAACCCGAUAUGACGUGAUCUCAGAGGGCGGGGCGUGGUCAUGAGACCUUGGCGGGCCACGAAGUCAACGGAAAAGUCGUCAGAUUGUCGCCCGUACACUCGCGUAAAGCUAAAAAGACGUAGUAAUCUUACUUCAAACAAUCAAGCCCGACGUUUUUUCUCUGAGGGUAAAAUGUCGUCUGGUUCGUGAGGAAAAACUUUGUGACAAAAAACCUCCCCGCCUCCCAGACGUCCCUAUCGGCUCCGGUACGCAUGCGUACUGGGCGUGCGUUCGAUUUGCUCAUUAAAAUUCCGGUUCGGCGGAAAGUGAGUUUUGUCCGCAGUUUCGGCUGAGAAAAAGUCACCUUUUCGCACCGGCAGGGCCCGAUCUGUGUGGAAAUGUCGGCACCAAAGUACACGGAAUGGAUCUUGGAGACCAUCGACAGUCUGCGGAAGCGCAAGGCUCGGCCAGACGUGGAUAGGAUCUGCCACAUGGUGGAGCGGAGGCAUGGCGUGAAGUCGGCCGAGAUCGCCGCGGACUUGGAGCGGCUAGUUGACGCGGAUAUCGUCAUUAAAGUGGAAUACAAGGGCAGCACGUCCUACAGGAACGCCGCGAAAUGGAAGAAAAGUCACCUCAGCGGGGUCCAGCUCAACUCACAACGGGCCUCGCACAAGGUCCUGGCGGCCGUGCGGGGCCUGUUUGCGGUAGGUCCGGGUGGGAGCCGCGCGACGACCGGUGGAAGUGAGGGGGAAGAGGCGGGGAGCUCUUCCACUCGUGUAGCUACGCAGGGGGUCACGCCAACGGACAUCGAGAAUUACCUGCGCCAAGAGGACUCCAACACCAACCUGACCGGCGAGCACCUCCUGACCGUCCUUCAGAGAGAAGUGGAGGCCGCACGACUCCUCAGGUCGCGCACCGGCGAGUAUGUGCUGCCCGGCGGACAAAAACCUGCUUCCAGCCCGAAGAAGACCUCACCGGCUGGCGCGGCCGCUCCAGCACGGUUUACCAAACGAAAGAGAAUCAAGAAGACCCAUGGACCAGACUUCGAGCAGGAGCCGCUGGUCAAGUCCCCGUCGGACCCGAGGUGCGACUACUGUCUCCUGACGUCCGAGUGUAACCGUAGUGGGGAGGAGGAGGACUUACUCAUCUGCAAGGACUGCAAUGCAAAAGCUCACCCGUCCUGUAUGCGGUACUCUGCGGACCUGGCGCGCCGAUCGCGGAUGUCGCCAUGGCAGUGCAUCGACUGUAAGACGUGUUACAUCUGCGAUGACUCCGGAGAUGCUGAGACUCUCCUGUUCUGCGAUGCCUGUGACAAGGGUUACCACAUGGCCUGUCAUGAGCCAGCCGUCACUCACAAGCCUCUAGGAAAGUGGGUGUGCCAGCGCUGUAAGGAUGACAUGGGGAUGGAGAUAGAUGAAGAGCUCAUGGACACAGCUGAAAUUGGCCCCCACAAGUCACCGCCCCAGCUGUUUAAUGGGAUGGUAGAGAGAAAACAAACCAAGCAGACGAGUGGUGACCGGAAGAGCCCGACCGUUGCCACGCCGACCCAGCCCGAGUCGGCGUGCCUCCCGGAGCAGUCUGCAUCCGUUAUGGAGGCGCAGCAGAAGAAGAAACCCGUCGCUGCGGCCUGGGCCAUCCCGGAUGUCGUGGGUUUCAUCAAAGACGUCGGGUUUGAGAAGGAAGCAGAGGCAUUCCAGGAACAGGAGAUCGACGGACCAGCUUUCCUGCUGCUGAAGCGAAGCGACGUUCUGACAGGCAUGUCAAUCAAACUGGGCCCCGCCCUGAAGAUCUACAACCAUGUGAUGAAGGUCCAGACCAACACACACCCCAGCUUGUGACCACGCCUAGUCUGGACGGGUCGUGUGCUGUGAACUUUGUUUUCGUUCUUCAUUGUUGAAAUGGUUUAUACAUUUGGGCCACACAGGUUCAUUUCCUUGGGUCUUGGUCGUUUUAAAUAUCAAAUCAGUGAGAGGACAAAAAAGGGGUCUGGAAGGGAAAUUCCACUCCUAUUUAAAAUUGUUUGUAAUGAAUUUUCCCUCAGACUGCUUUCAUGUUAUUCUUAGUUGUUUUUUUGUUUCUUUUUCAAGUCAAAGAAUCAGGAAGUUGAACUGGCGUGGCUUACCAGUGAUUCCCCUCGUGCCAGUUUUGACAUGGUGGUUCUGGUUACAGAUUGGCCCAAAUUAGUACCUUUUCUGUCAGCCUGAGACACAGUUUCUAUGUAAAUAUUUCAAAUUUGUGACUUUUCUGGCUGGCAUUAUUAUGCCAAGGUAAUGAGGGGAAAUACUGGUGAUACAUUUCGAUUAUUGCUACGGUGUUAGAGGGUUUCUGACUCUUAUAAUGGGAUUUCCAGCAUCAAAUACUGGAGAUUUGUUUUCUGCAUUUGAAAUUUUGAUCAGGUAGCCUAAUACUUUCUUCUUAAUGCCAUGCAACUUCAUAUCAGUAACAUUGUUUCUGUAGCUUCUAUUGUGUAUUGUAGAACUCAAUGGUUUAGUCCUGCUUGCUAUGUACAUAAUUAUGUAUUGAACUAUUUAAAUGUACUUACCCGGUUUUUGGAUUUCUCUAAGCAAAAUUGAAAUUCAGCUGGAAAGAAAACCUCCUGUACGUAUGAAACAAGUAGUAAGGUGUUAGUUUUUCAGCUUUUUAGAGCAUGUCAAAGAAGAAGAAAAACAUACUGUUCUUUCCUGGUACAUCCAUAGCAAUGAUAUUAAUACAGAAAAUAAGAUCCUGUUCUUUCAUAUUCAACACUAAGUAAGUGAAUUGUGUUAUUAUUGUUAAAAACUGAAGAUGAUAUUUAUAAAGAGAUUGUAAUUGUUAUCAUUAUAUGUUUGAAAGCACUUUUGGUUGUGUCACUCCUUUGCAAGAAAAGCAGUUUGUGUGUCAGUUUGGUUUUGGGGUUUUAUGAGUAAGACAUUUUAUAUAGGAGCUCCACUGUGUGGUGCGACUUAUGACUGCAAACAGCAACUAAGAGGUGUACUUUGUAACUUUCAAUAUGAAAGUGUGAAUUGUUUGGGAUUAGAUAACAAAUACGCUUCCUAAGAAAUCUGUGACUUCAUAGUUGUAUUGCACUUUGAAGCAGAACAAUCAUGGGUGUGUGUGUGUAAAAAGCAUCUGUCAUGGGAACCUAAGGGUAUAGGGUUAACAACUUACAACAUUUCAGGGUUUGUACUUUUAGUGUGUAACUUGUUCCUGAAUGAAAAGCAAUGACUGUGAAACCUGACUUGACUGUGAGAUGAUGAAUAAUUUCCGACUUCUGUCUGCUUGUUCCCCCAUAUUUUCACCUAGAAGAUAUACAUGUACUACAAUACAUGUAGAAAUAAAAUAUUGUAUGGUCUUUUCA